AUAAAAUGUGAUAACGAUAACGAAAGAAGAUAAUGCUCAACAUAAUGCUUUACAAUGUCUUAAUAAUUACGCAUAAAAAUUGCGUGACUAGUUAUCAUAUUGCUACGAUAUAGUAUCUGCGAAACAUACUCGAGAACUUGAUCGAAUUUUUAUUCCGAUUAGUUUAUAAAGAACAUGCACUGUGCUGGCAGUAGACAUUAUUCGUGAAUUAAUUAGGCAGAAGACAGCAAGAAGUACAGACAUAUCUCAUUUGGUGCAUCAAAAUGAAGUCUCGUUUCUUUUCGUCGAUUAAAACUAUAAUUUAAGGAAGAAAAUAUCUCUAAAAAUUAUAAAUAUAUAAAUAUAUUUAUAAUUUAUGACAUAAGAUACCUGUGUGUGCUCCAAGAGACAAAUUUCAUGAAAUUAACGGAAUUUUUUAUAAUUAAAAAAAGAAACGCAAAACACGAGUUUUUAAAUAUUUUUGACAAUAUUCUUUAUAUAGUGAUCAUCGUAUUCAGCCAAUUGAGUGUAAAUGUUUAUAGUGCAAAAAUUUACGCUCAAUAAAGUUAUCGGAUCCGACACAACGCGAAAUCUCAUUAGAAAAAUCGGAGAAACGGGAUGCGCAAGACAAGUAUAAACUCACGCUUUCGUAUCGAUCAGCUAUAGCGAUAGCUAUAGCGUUUCUUCCAGGCAAAGCUCAGAUCAACUAUGCCCGUCUGUCUCGGGACCGAUCGCACCGGGGCCAUCGAAUUCAGGAUCCUCAGCAAGGACCGAAUCGAGGACGCCCUGACUGUGCAAUGGCAAUCGAUGCGCCAGGAGUGCAUCGCGAUCGGCGUGGGAAUGUUCGAGGAUUCCGGUGCACCUGAAGAGAUGCAACUGGUCUUCAGAGAAGUCAUUAAGGACGGAUGCACGGUGAUCGCGGUCGAUCGAUCAGACCGUGUUGUCGCCGUGGCAUUCAACAAGUUAUACGCGCCUCCUAAGUCGGGAGAAACGGAUUCCUUCGCUCUUUUUAUAGAAAAUAAUAUCAAACAUCGCUCGUGCCGAGAUCUGAUUGAGUUCCUUGAUGACGUGGAAUCACGAGUAGACAUCUUUCAAAAAUACAACGCGCGUGGUGCCAUGGAAAUUUUCUAUAUAGGCACAGAUCCGGAAUGUCAAGCUCGUGGGAUCGGCCGACAAAUCACGAACAAGAGUCUCGAAGUCGCGCGCGGAUUGCGCACCAGGAAGCUGAAGCAGGUCUGCGUAGCCGAUAAAAUCGUCAAUGAACACGUACGACCAGAAGUGGCGUUCGCCGUUGCUGCUUCGGUAUACAGCCAACGAAUUAUGGAAAAGCUGAACUUCGAGAUUCUCGCCGAGGCGCGAUAUGAAGAUUAUAUACGCGGUGGCAAAAAAAUGUCGGAUAGAAUAGGUAAUGUACACAAGACAGUUAAAUUUGUCGCUCGCAAAAUUUGAUAAUAUCGGAUUUCUGCUUGUAUUUUGAGUAAACGGAGUAGUCUUUAUGUCAAAAUUACAUCAAUUUUAGAAAUUUGCCUUGAAAAAGGAAACAAUAAUUUAAUUAAAAAAUUACGUAAGAAAAAUUUACAAUAUG